CCCAAAAAUUCAUCCCAUACCAUGAAUGCAUGUAAUAACUACAUCAUAUGAACGUUAUGCCUCCCCCCUUUUAAAUGCCCCCACAAAUAUUUUUCCUAUCUUCUUUUCAAAUUUAAAAAUCCUCCAUUUAUACUCUCUCCCCCUCUCUCUCUCUCUCUCUCUCUCUCUCUCUCUCUCUCUCUAAAAGCAUCAUUUUUGUCCACAGAGAUAUAUAAUAGCAAAAGUGCAGAGAGAUUCUUGUGAAGAAGAAUGAGCUCAGAGUCACAAUGCAUUGCCACGCCAAGUUUGUGCCAUGGAAAGUAAAAGACUUAGCCUCUUGCUUCCAUUUCUGCCAUAUUCCCUUAGUUUCAGAUAAAGAACCCGACAUCUGCCUCAGCAAACCAAGGCUACAAACUUCAAAAGGGAGCAAGGUGUUCGACUCGAAAAGCGGGUGUAAAAGAAGUGUCAAAGAGUCAACAAAUGCCAAGAAAUUGUGCAAUGUUGAAGAGGGAGGAGGAGAAUCAGUCGAGAGAAGUUCCCAUCGGUAUAAAGCCGGGAGGGCGCGAAGGGAGGCUGCAUUUUCAGAGGAAGAUUACAUAGUUUUCUGCUUCCGAGAGGACGGAAAAAUGCACUUGAUAGAUGAAGAGAAUUCAUCCGAAGAAUGUCAACAAAACAAUGAAGAAACAAAAACUACUGCUGAUGCUUCUAACACAUCACAGGGCAAUAAAAAGCACGACGAAAAGGGAAGCAAUAAAAUGUGCACUAAAUGGCCACCAGAUGAAGACAGAAAAACAAAAGACGUCGAAAGCCAUGUAGACAAAGGAAAUGAAAGCAAAACAUACCCUUUAGAUUCCGGUGCUUCGAGUCAAUCCGAGGGCAGCAGCAGCACAGGUUCUUUCACCUUCCCUGAAGUGGGCACCGAAUGGACAGGAAGCCCCGUUCACAUGCCUAGAGCAGAAAAGCUGGAACAAGAACAAUUUCACAACAUCCUACAUUGUUAUAGAUUUUAACUAUUUGUUAUCUACAGACAAAAAAAAAAAUGUUGCAUAGAAUUUUCG